AUGUCUAGUGCUAGUGUAUUGAGAUCCAGGCACGGUGGAGAAAUUGAGGGGAGUACCCCGCUACGCUCUCGCCGUGGAGAUCUUCAAUUCUCCGAUGUCAAUGCGACCCCUACUCGCCGUAGGCUCCUAUAUGUGGACGAACAAGGGAUGCCUGUCCGCUCAGGGGCUGGCGGUGGUGAUGUAGUUCAUCCACUAUCUGAUGCAGCGACCUAUAGCGGUGGACCGACAUCUGAUUUACCCGAUGGACCUCGUCGUCUUAUCUGGGGUACCAACGUCUCCGUUGAAGAGUCUACCCAAGCGUUCAACAAGUUUCUCCGUGAGUUUAAGCGGCGGUAUAGGAUGCGUAUGGAUGGGGAGUUUGUUGCCCCUGGAGAAGGCGAUGAAUUGGUUUAUGUGGAGAUGUUGAAGCAGUUGAGAGAGUUAGGAACUUCAAACAUGAAUUUGGAUGUUCAGAACUUGAAGAGUUUCCCUCCCACUAAGCGAUUCUAUCACCAAUUGCAUGCGUACCCACAGGAAAUAAUUCCUAUUAUGGAUACUUGUGUUAAGGAUACAAUGUUGGAAAUGCUAGAGGGGGCGGGUGCUAGUCGCGCAGAAUACGACGCUUGCCUGGAGAGAAUUUAUAAGGCCAGGCCCUUUAAUUUGGAGAAGACUGUCAAUAUGAGGGAUCUCAACCCUGCUGAUAUCGACAAGGUUAUCAGUAUUAAGGGACUUGUCAUUCGCGUGACUUCAAUUAUCCCAGACAUGAAUAAGGCCUUCUUCCGCUGUCAUGUCUGUGGCCAUACUGUUACUGUGGAGAUUGACAGAGGGAAAAUCGCUGAGCCUACUGUGUGCCCCCGCGAAGUUUGCAAGACACCAAAUUCCAUGCAAAUUAUCCACAACCGUUCCGACUUUUCCGAUAAGCAGGUUAUCAAACUCCAAGAGACCCCCGAUUCUGUUCCUGAUGGCCAAACACCCCACUCAGUCUCACUUUGCUGCUAUGACGAACUUUGCGAUGUAGCAAAGGCUGGUGACCGUGUCGAAGUUACCGGUAUCUUUAGAUCCGUCCCGAAAGUGGAUAAACGCAGGAUGGUCAGGAAGUUGACCGAUGAGGAAGUUGAAAAGAUCAAGGCUAUCGCGGCUCGCUAUGAUGUCUACGAGCUACUUUCUAGAUCUUUGGCACCUAGUAUUUGGGAAAUGGAGGAUGUGAAGAAGGGAGUUCUACUUCAGCUAUUCGGAGGAGCGAACAAAACGUUUGAAAGGGGUGGCGCGCCAAGAUAUAGAGGCGACAUUAACAUCUUACUUUGCGGUGAUCCUUCUACCUCAAAAUCUCAGCUGCUACAGUACGUUCACAAGAUUGCCCCGAGGGGUGUCUACACUUCUGGAAAGGGAUCUUCUGCGGUUGGUUUGACGGCGUAUGUUACCCGCGAUCCCGAGACUCGCCAAUUGGUUCUUGAAUCUGGAGCACUGGUUUUGUCUGAUGGAGGUGUCUGCUGUAUCGAUGAGUUCGAUAAAAUGAAUGAGGCUACACGCUCAGUUCUUCAUGAAGUAAUGGAACAGCAGACAGUUUCUAUUGCUAAAGCUGGUAUUAUCACCACCCUGAACGCCAGAACAAGUUUGUUGGCAUCUGCAAAUCCCAUCGGAUCCAAGUACAAUCCGAACUUGCCAGUUCCCUCCAAUAUUGACUUGCCGCCUACGCUGCUCUCCAGAUUUGACUUAGUUUAUUUGGUACUCGAUAGGGUUGAUGAGACUCAUGAUCGUAGAUUGGCGAGACAUAUGUUGGGCAUGUACCUGGAGGAUAACCCCGAGAAUGCCUCGGGCAAUCUUGAAAUUGUCCCCAUUGAGCAACUCACAGCCUACAUCUCCUACGCCCGUCAAAAUAUCCACCCUAAACUCACCGAAGAAGCCGGUGAAGAGCUCGUGAGAGCCUAUGUCGACCUUCGCAAGCUCGGCGAGGACGUCCGUGCAGCGGAGCGUCGUAUCACCGCCACAACCCGUCAGCUGGAGUCCAUGAUCCGUCUCUCGGAAGCACACGCAAAGAUGCGCCUAAGCGAGGAAGUAACCAUCGAUGACGUCCACGAAGCUGUCCGCCUCAUCCGUUCCGCCAUCAAGGAAUCUGCUACCGACCCCGUUACCGGCAGGAUAGACAUGGAUCUUCUCGGUGGCAUCAGCAAUUCAGAGAGGCGCAGGAAGGGCGACAUGAAGAACGCUAUCAUCGGCCUCCUUGAUGGGAUGGCGAAGGGUGCUGGCGGGGCUAGGUACAAUGAUGUCCUUAAGCGCUUGCAGGAGCAGAGCACUGGUAUCACCGUUGCCUCAGGGGAAUUUGCGGAUGCUUGUAGAACUCUGGAGGCGGAGGGGUUGAUCAGGGUUAGUGGAGAGGGGGCUAGGAGGGCUAUUAGAAAGAUUUCGAGCUUUUAGAUGGAUGGGCUUGAGGUCUUGAAUCGAUACAACAUAUCUUGAGGGAGAAAAAAAGGACCAAUGGAUUGCUGAGGGAGGUUAUAACUGAGCGUGUAUUUUGUACAUGGUUUGAAAUGAUAUCUAGUUUGUGAGGA